UUUCUUAAACGUCGAAUGGGGACGCGAAGUCGACGGGCGGCAACGCGGAGACUGGGCCCUUUGGCACGCUCCGCCCCUUUCGGCCGGCUUCUCCCGCCCCGUUGUGACGCAGCGCGUCCCCGCUCCGGAAGCGUCGAGGGGCGGGGUCGUGGCGAAGCUCCGCCUCUGAGAGGCGGCUCUCGACCAAUGACAGGCGCCGGGGGCGGAGGAGCCAGUAUGGCCGCUGAGGGGAGCUGGCGGCCCCCGCGAGCCUGUGAGGCCUACUGGGAUGAAUGGAAACACUGCAAGAGCAUCCUGAACCUGUUCCACCAUUAUUAUACCUAUGGGGAGGCACCCUCCUGUGCCCAGUGGAAGAGAGACUACAAGAACUGCUGCGAGUGGGAGAAAAGGAAAAGCGUGGCGGCAAAGGAAGCCCUCUGUAAAAGUGAAAGAGACCGGGUUGCAGAGAAAGAGAAACAUACUCCAGUGUGGACCCUGAGGAAAAGCCCUCCGGUGGAUUGGUAUUUGCCCCUUGAUGAAGACAAACCAAAGUGAGAUAUUUUGUGACUUGUGUGUGAUGCCUCCUCAAGUAUCCUGAAACUGUGCUGUAUUGGACAGUUCCUAGGCAUAAAUCCAUGCUCCCAUAAAUCAUAUACCUCAUUUUAGUUAUGGCAGAUUUGUUUUUCAAUAUAUGUAUCUGUUCCAUA